AUGCGUCUCAUCACCCUAUUCGCUGUUUGCGUUGCGGCUGUGACCGCUACCCCACGAGUCUUCAAACCAUCUGCGAGGAUCGUAGGCGGCAGAGUUACGACUAUUGAGCGAUGGCCUUACCAAGCUAAUGUUAUGAUUGGAGAAGGCCAUUAUUUUGGCCAGUGGUGUGGUGGUACUAUCAUUAACAACAGAUCUGUGUUAACCGCUGCACAUUGUGUUCUUUUGCCUUACGAAUAUUUGCAGGCCUUUAUGUUUCGUUUACGUCUUGGUUCAACUGUUCUAAAUACUUCCGAUAAUACUGUCGAUUAA